GGAUAUAACUGUGAUUCAAAGAAAUUCAGUGACAGUUCAGAAAAUCUAAAAUAGAGAUUCACUGGCAGCGCAGAAAAAUCGGAAGGAAAGAAAUCUUUUAGUACCAAUACUGUCAGGUGAUAUUGGAGGCCGAAGGGCACAUCCUGUAUCUAGUUAAUUGGUCGAAUGAAUGGAAUCCAAGAACAAGUUUUCGAUGUUUCUUUUUUUUUAUCGUGACCAGAUGAAAACGUGCUAACACUUUUUCCUGUAUUCAUUCACCGGUAUCAUUAUAAUGGGCAGGGGAGAGAGAGAAUGAGAGAGAGAGAGAGACAGAGAGAGAAAGAGAGGUUUGCCGCUUCGCCGGCCAUUAUAGGAAACGCGUCUUCAAGCUCUCAUCAUUCCUCCGAGAUAGCAGAUCCCAAGAACAUCUUGAAACCACCGGAAUUCUAGCUGGAAGAAGCCUUUCCACGUAGGAACCUCCAGAUUCCGGACGCUGAAGGAAAACGAAGAGAUGGUUCCCUCUCUGUCUCUGUUUUUGUUUGAACUAGUCGAUGAUGAACGGACGACCAGAAUGGGUCUUCCUCAGCGGAGAAAUCUUGGCCGUUGCUUCAGUCCACGGCAAGACAUCUGCAGUAGAGGAUUGAAGAGAAAAGAAAUCGUGGCCAGACGGGUUGGUGUUGAAGGAUCUUGACAUUCUUGUUAUUGUUAUUUGAUUUUUCUUCCUCCUGAUUCGUGUUUAGCGGGCACGGAGUCCUUACAGAGUGAGCGUUUUUCCGGCGAACCACUGACGAGUCCUGCAGCUUUCUUUUGUUCCGAGAAAAGAACCUUCAGACAUGUUUUUGAUUCAGAGAAGAGUGGUGGUGUUUACGAUUUGGGCGGUCGUUUUCACUUCCGUUUGUCCGGCUCGUGGCGUGGAUGUUGGUGCCGAAGUUGAGCUUCUAUGGGCCGUGAAGCAGAAUCUUAUUGAUGACUUCAAUCAUUUGAGAGAUUGGAAUGCUUCUGAUCCCACGCCUUGCAGCUGGACGGGCGUUCAUUGUAUCGGUGAUUACAAUCUCACUGUUUCAUCUCUCAAUCUGAGCUACAUGAAUCUGUCGGGGUUUUUAUCUCCCAGCAUUGGCGGAUUGAUCAGUUUGACCUAUCUUGAUCUUUCUUUCAACUAUAUCUCCGGGAAAAUUCCGGCGGAAAUUGGAAAGUUGUCUAGUUUGGAGGUUCUGCUAUUGAACAACAACAAUUUUGAUGGGGAGAUCCCACCGGAGUUGGGUAACUUAUCUGCCUUGGUAAAAUUGAACCUGUGCAAUAACAGGCUUUCUGGGCAUCUUCCUAGUGAACUAGGCAGGCUUUUGGCUCUCCAGGAACUAGUUGCAUACACCAACAACAUCUCUGGGCCUCUGCCACCUUCUCUCGGUAACUUAAAGAACUUGACGACAUUCCGAUCAGGGCAGAAUUCAAUCUCUGGUAGCAUACCUCCUGAGAUAGGUGGGUGUGAAAGCUUGGUGACUCUUGGUUUGGCCCAAAACUCGUUGGAGGGCCCGAUCCCCAAAGAACUUGGUAAGUUACAGAAUCUGAAGGAUCUGGUACUUUGGAGCAAUAGUUUGUCUGGAACAAUUCCGAAGGAGCUCACGGAUUGUAGAAAGCUCGAACUACUUGCACUGUACGAGAACAACCUGGCUGGAGAAAUUCCUGCGGAGAUUGGUAAGCUCACAUUUUUGAACAAGUUAUACAUAUACAGGAACAAAUUAAAUGGAAGCAUACCGAAGGAGAUUGGCAAUCUGAGUCUAGCAACUGAGGUUGACUUCUCGGAGAAUGAGUUAGUGGGAGAAAUACCAAAAGAACUUAGUAAGGUAAAGGGCUUGCGCUUGCUCUACCUUUUCCAGAACCAUCUUUCAGGCGUUAUUCCUGUAGAACUUGGCAGCUUGAAGAAUUUGAGCAAACUUGAUCUUUCCAUCAACAAUCUCACAGGUUCCAUUCCUGUUGAAUUGCAGUAUUUGACCCAGCUGAUCACAUUGCAACUGUUUCAGAAUGAGCUUACUGGUACCAUUCCUCAGGCUCUCGGGCUUUCAAGUCCUCUGUGGGUACUUGACUUAUCAGAGAACGCUCUCAGUGGCCCAAUUCCUCGCUAUCUAUGUAAAAACUCAAACUUGAUUCUGCUUAAUCUGUGGUCUAACCAACUUACUGGGAAUAUUCCCAGUGACAUAAGAAACUGCAAGCCGUUGGUACAAAUUCGUGUGGGAGACAACCGCCUCACUGGAAGCUUUCCUGCAGAUCUCUGUAAGCUGGAUAAUCUGACUACCAUUGGAUUGGACAGGAACAAGUUAAGUGGCCCAAUCCCUCCAGAUAUAGGAAAUUGUAAAACGUUGCAAAGACUCCAUCUCUCAGGUAAUUAUUUUACGUCCUCCUUGCCUAUGCAGAUUGGGCUUCUAACCCAGUUGGUGGACGUCAACAUUUCCUCCAAUAAGUUGACAGGUUCCAUCCCUAAAGAGAUAGUUAGCUGCAUGAAGCUUCAAAGACUUGAUCUUAGCAAUAACUUAUUUACUGGUACCAUCCCAAAAGAAAUUGGGACCCUUGCACAGCUUGAGUUGCUUAGGAUUUUUGGUAACAAGCUUUCAGGCACAAUACCCUCAUUCUUAGGGAAUCUCUCACAUUUGAUUGAAUUGCAGAUGGGUGACAAUGUGUUUUCAGGUAGCAUACCAUCACAACUGGGUCAGUUGUCAAGUUUGCAGAUUGCCAUGAACCUAAGCUGGAACAACCUUUCUGGUGAAAUACCGGCUGAGUUGGGCAAUCUUGACUUGCUAGAAUAUCUUCUUCUUAACAAUAAUCACCUUUCUGGAGAGAUUCCACUUACAUUUGCUAAUCUUUCAAGUCUUCUAGGAUUCAAUGUGUCCAAUAAUAACCUCACAGGGCCUAUUCCUGAGGUACCAUUGUUGCAGAACAUGGGCAUUAGCAGCUAUAUUGGAAAUGAAGGGCUUUGUGGCAAUCCUCUUAGUAGCUGUAGCUCUCCACCAGAAGCUGAUACUCCAGCACCACGGGAGGAUGUUAGAUAUAGAUUGGGAAAAACAUUGGCAAUAAUAUCUGUAGUUGUUGGGUCUGUUUCAUUGGUGCUCAUUGCAGUUGUCAUCUAUUUAAUCAGACGGCCAGUUGAGGUGAUUACACCUUUCCAAGAUAAACAAUGUUAUACAGAUUCAGACAUGUAUCUUCCCCCAAGGGAGGGUUUCACCUUUCAAGAUUUGGUUGAGGCUACAAAUGACUUUGAUUGUAACUCCAUAAUAGGAAGGGGUGCUUGCGGAACAGUUUACAAGGCUGUGAUGCCCACUGGGCAGGUUAUUGCUGUAAAAAAGCUUGAAUCAUAUAGAGAAGGGAAUAACAUUGAUAACAGCUUCCGUGCUGAAAUUUCCACUUUGGGAAAGAUAAGGCACAGGAACAUUGUGAAGCUCUAUGGCUUCUGUUAUCACAAGGGCUCCAAUAUUUUGCUUUAUGAAUACAUGUCUAAAGGAAGCUUGGGUGAAUUGCUUCGUGGGGCAUCGACAGUUCUGGAUUGGAAGACUAGGUAUAAGAUUGCUCUUGGUGCUGCUGAGGGACUAUCAUAUUUACAUCAUGAUUGUAGGCCACGAAUCAUUCACCGGGACAUAAAGUCAAACAACAUCCUUCUUGAUGACAAUUUUGAAGCUCAUGUCGGGGAUUUUGGAUUGGCAAAGGUGAUUGAUAUGCCAUACUCAAAGUCAGUCUCUGCUGUUGCAGGAUCUUAUGGGUACAUAGCUCCAGAAUAUGCAUUCACGCUUAAGGUUACAGAAAAAUGUGACACAUACAGUUAUGGAGUUGUCCUGUUGGAAUUGCUUACUGGUCGGACUCCUGUUCAACCAUUAGACCAGGGGGGUGAUCUGGUGACGUGGGUAAAGCAUUCUGUUCAAAGAUUUUCUCUAUCUUCUGGAAUACUUGAUGAUCGACUAAAUCUGGAUGACCAAAACACUGUUGACCACAUGACAAUUGUGCUAAAGAUUGCAUUGAUGUGCACAAGUACGUCACCUUCUGAUCGUCCAUCAAUGCGAGAAGUUGUGUUAAUGCUGAUGGAGUCUAGAGACAAGGACGAAUAUUCUGGUUCAAUGAGGGAAUCCUAAAGGCACAUCAAAUUUGUUAGAUCACAAAAAUAACCCAUAUAUAGCAUUGCCCAUAAUUUCUUUUGUUUCUCUUUGUAAUAUAUGUAAAGAUGAGGAAAUCAAUAGCACUGGUUAUAUCUUUUCUUCCAGAUACCUAUGUAUAUUAACAUAUUCAUUAUUAACUCAUAAUAAAAUAUUUAGAAGAAUCGUCCUUUGUGGCUUAA